AUGGAAAAAUGCUCAUCAAGUCCCGUUCCAAUUCAGAAAGGAGAUAAAUUUAGUCUCAAUCAAUGUCCAAAGAAUGAAUUGGAACGUAAGCAAAUGAAUGAUAUUCCUUAUGCAUCAAUAGUUGGGAGUGUAAUGUAUGCCCAAACUUGUACGAGACCAGACAUCAGUUUUGUUGUAGGAAUGUUGGGCCGUUAUCAAACUAAUCCAGGAAUGGAUCACUGGAAAGCUGCGAAGAAACUGUCGCGAUACUUGCAAGGAACUAAAGAUCAUAUGCUCACUUAUAGAAGAUCUGAUCAUCUUGAUGUGAAUGGAUAUUCAGAUUCAGAUUAUGCUGGUUGUGUGGAUACAAGAAAAUCCACAUUUGGAUAUUUGUUCCUGUUAGCUGGAGGAUCAAUAUCAUGGAAGAGUGUGAAGCAGUCUGUUAUAGCUGAAUCCACUAUGGAAGCUGAGUUUGUGGCAUGCUUUGAAGCCACAGUUCAGGCUAAUUGGCUGCGGAACUUUAUUUUAGGACUUGGACUAGUCAAUAGUAUUUCUAAGCCGCUCAAAAAUUUAUUGUGA